AUGUCGUUGUUUCAACUCAUUCCUCUGAAGUUGCUGGAGACUCGGGCUCUGGAGAAAAAGAUUGCCCUUGAGGACCUAAUAGAAGUACGAGAUAAGUACUUAGAGACCUGUCAUCCAGACUGGGUGAGAAAGUUCAAGGCAAUG